UAAAGAAAUGUGGAUUACUUGUUAUCCCAUUACUAAAGGACUUUGGACUCUAACUCUAGAUGCAAAUUAGUUUCAUUUUAUUUAAUACUCAAUUAAGAAACAGUAUUUACGAAUCAUAAUUGCAAAGAAUGUUCGCCACGAAUUUUAGAAUGUUACGAGCUAGUAACAAAUUUGGUUCAUUGGCACGUUACGAGUCUACAUUAGUUAUUGCAGAACAUAAUAAUGAAUCAUUAUUACCUAUUACUUCCAAUGCCCUAAGUGUAGCAAAAAAGAUUGGUGGAGAUGUCACUGUUCUUGUUGCUGGAACUAAAUGUGAUGCAGUUGCACAAGCUGUUAGUAAAGCAAAUGGUGUUUCUAAAGUGCUAGUAGCAGAUAAUGAUGCGUUUAAAGGAUUUCUUCCAGAGGCAUUAACUCCACUUAUUAUUGCAACACAAAAUGAGCAUAAAUUUACUCAUAUUUUGGCUGGUGCCACUGCUUUUGGUAAAGCAUUGCUACCAAGAGUUGCAGCUAAAUUAGAUGUAUCUCCUGUAAGCGAUAUCAUUGGGGUUAAAGCACCAGACACAUUUGUUCGUACAAUUUAUGCAGGGAAUGCAAUUCAAACUUUAAAAUGCAAAGAUAAAGUAAAAGUAGUGUCGGUGAGAGGUACUGCAUUUGAAGCAACACCCCUGGAAGGUGGUAAUGCUAAAUGUGAACCUGCACCAGCCGGUGACUACAAACCAAAAUUGAUAGAAUUCAUUAAGCAAGAGUUGUCAAAGUCCGAUAGACCAGAAUUGACAUCUGCAAAGGUUGUUGUUUCCGGAGGAAGAGGAAUGAAAUCCGGGGACAACUUCAAAUUAUUGUACACAUUAGCCGACAAACUUAAUGCAGCAGUUGGUGCAUCUCGUGCUGCAGUCGAUGCUGGCUUUGUACCCAAUGAUUUGCAAGUUGGACAGACUGGAAAAAUCGUUGCUCCCGAUCUCUAUAUUGCUGUGGGUAUCUCUGGGGCAAUUCAGCACCUUGCUGGUAUGAAAGACUCAAAAACAAUUGUUGCUAUUAACAAGGAUCCAGAAGCUCCGAUCUUCCAUGUAGCAGAUUAUGGCAUAGUUGCUGAUCUGUUUAAAGUUGUCCCCGAACUAACAGAGAAAUUAUAAAUUUAAAAAGAGAAUUAAAAAUAUUUGUAUUAUAACCGUUUUUAUAAAAAUUAUAUAAAUAUUACAAUGAGUUUAAUAAAUUCUUUAACACAUUCAUUUUAUAU